CGACGUGAUUCUAGCAGAAGACGCCAAUCAUAGUUUGCCAGUUAGGUUAGGCUAGUAUGUGUUGAGCUGGACAGAAAAUGAUCGGAGAUAUCCUUCUUUUUGGGACCUUGCUCAUGAAUGCAGGUGCAGUCCUUAAUUUUAAACUGAAGAAGAAAGACACACAAGGGUUUGGUGAUGAAAGCCGAGGCCCCACUACAGGUGACAACAUCCGGGAGUUUUUAUUGAGUCUCCGAUAUUUCCGAAUCUUCAUCGCCUUGUGGAACAUCUUCAUGAUGUUUUGCAUGAUACUGUUGUUUGGAUCAUAAGAAGCAGAGGAGCAGAAAACAUCAAACUAACCAUGUAGAUCAUUCUUUAAGCUAGAAAUGUUUUUUUUAUUCUUGGGUAUUUAUGGAGAUGGGGCUAGUUAAGGUUUUACCAGCAUUUGCUGGGAUUUAUAUCAUUUUCACUUGGGAUCUGUUGUAGAAAAUUCUUUAAAUUUUCUGGUUAAUGUUGAAUCUACUUCAAAAGCUAUUGAAUGUAUGAUCAUGGACUUUGAAAAGCAACGUGUAUGGGACCAGUGUAUAGUUUUCAUUAAAACACAUCUACCAACA